CGCCUGAACGGAGGGAGCCCAGAGGGGGGACGCCACGGUGCCUUCGGCUCCCGCACGGCCGGAGGACGACCAUUUCGAACCUGAGUGGGAGUCCUGAGGCCACCAUGACGGUCACCGUGGUGUAUGAUAACUCUGAGGCCACAGAACUCUGUGCAGCUCAGCACCUCUACCUCAAACCCAUAGCAAAACUGAUGAUUAACGUAUUGCUCCCGGAGAGUCCAGACCCCGUGAGGCCUUUCUCUAACUGGGAAGUUCUGGAUCAGCUGAAGAGCCUGAUUUGCCCUGACCAGUUCACCACAGUUCGCCUCUCCAAGAGUACCAAGGAUUUCAUUCGUUUUGAGGGUGAGGCGGAAACCCGAAGUCUGGUUCAGAUCCUGAAGGCCAAGUUACAUGGGAAGAUCAUCAAGCUGAAUGGUUUGAAAACAGACUUAAAAGUUGUGGCUACUGAUGCCCAGGGAGAGUGGGAGCAUUUCCCCAAAGCCAAGCAGACCUCAAUGAGUGACGGGACUGACAAGCAGGAUCAGGAUAAGAGCCUAGAUUCCAUAUAUUUUGAAGGCUUGCCCUGUAAGUGGUUUGCACCGAAAGGUUCCAGUGGGGAGAAGCCAUGCAAAGAGAUUCUGCGUGCUGUCUUUGAAAGCUUUGGGAAGAUCAAGAAUGUGGAUAUCCCUAUGCUCGACCCCUACAGAGAAGUCAUGACGGGUGGGAGCUUUGGGAAUUUGAACUUUGGCUUGCAGACCUUCGAGGCCUUUAUACAAUACCAAGAGUCCACUGACUUUGUAAAAGCUAUGGAGUCCCUCCGAGGAAUGAAACUGAUGCUAAAAGGAGAUGAUGGGAAAGCUCUGGCGUGUAACAUUAAGGUUAUGUUUGAUACAACCAAGCACUUCAGUGAAGGAGCUAUAAGGAGACGGAACCAGGAGAGGCUGAAAUUACAAGAACUGGAGGAAGAAAGGAAAAGAGAAAAGAAGCGAGAAGAGGAAGAAGCGGAAAGAAAAAGAAAAGAUGAGGAGAGGAGGCGGAAGACCAGGGUCAGGAGGCGAGGUUUGAAGGAAAGAGACAGACAUCGGAGAAAGAGACACAAGGACAAAGUCAAAACUGAGGUGCCUCAACAACCUGACUCUUUGGAGGAAUGGAUAGAAAGGAAGUACCUGUUGGCUCAGAGGCGUGUGGAAGCCCUUCGUUUGUUACGCAUGCUCCUGAGGAAAAUUGCAGGAUCCACCUCAUUUAACCCAGAGAUGGCAGCCAUGGCAGGCCCUGAAGCCAAGAAAGAUCGUGCUUCAGGGGACACAUUGGCAACUCUGAAGGGAGAAGAGUUAAACCCUCAGUAUCGACCAUAUCAAGAGGAAAGGCCCAAAUAUCAGCUUGCCAAGUCAGACACUCAGCGAAAACACAAAACGAAGAAAAGAACGGGGACUCACUUACGUAAAUCUUCCCACCACCUUAGGAAGAGAACAUCAAGGCAUUCAGCUAGAAAAGAGAGAGCCAGAAAAUUACUAAGUGAUGAAUACGAUCAUAGCUUAAUCUCUGACCAGAAUCCUUUGCAGAUGUCCAAAAUUCAAGAUCAGUCCUUCAAGAAAGAUGAUUGCCAGAGCCCUGCGGAAUUCUAUGCUUCUGAAUAUUGUGAGAGAGACUGUGGCAGAAGACAGAUUUAUGAAACAGAUGGAUUUAUCAACUAUCUCUUAAACUAUUAUCACACUCCAAAAUAUGCCCGUGACUUUCUGGAACCCCAUCACUUAACAAGCACAUACCAGUGGCAGAGGACUGUCCAGCCCAAGGAAAAUGGGUUUCAGAUCAAUUUGACAAAAUGCAGCCAUUUCGUAACCAGUUUGAGCCCAAUACCAAACCUGGAAGAUACUCCAGAAGAUGAUUAUUGGAAAAGAAUUUGUACUCCAGUUCCUGACCAUAAACCACAAGCAGGAGAAACCAUGAACUAUGCCAAAGAAUGUUCCAAGGGCUUUAAAAAGCAUCUCAAAGAUUCAGCCAGUGAGUCUGAUGAUCAGCUUUCCCUGACUGAUAGACAGAGCCCUCUUUGCGAAGAGACUUAUGAGGACCCAACAUCAGCAGACCUCGACUUGGAAUGGAAAGAUGCCUUAGAGGAAAUUAGUAGUGAUUCCGAAUGUUUCCAUGAAACCCUUAGCUGCGCAAGCAGAGAGGAACAAGAGAAUUCUGUGGCUGCAUGUUCUAGCUCUCCAGAAAAAGAGCCCUUUGAUUCUGACGAAACCACAACUUGUGAUCAAGAAACUAGAUCAGGUCAGGAGAACUUGCAUUCAAAAUAUAAGCAGGAUGGUGAGAAAAAACACUCUCAAGACAAGCUUAGGAAACCAAGCAAGAGGUUUCAGUAUGAACUGAGGUGUUCACGGCUUGAGGGCGAAGAAGAUGCCAUUAAAAAUGAUAGAAGCUACAGCAAAAAGAGGGAGAAGCUGGGUCCCAAACACUUGUCUGAUACAGGUUACUAUCAUAAGACCAGUUCCACUGACUUACUAGAGGAUGUUGCAAGAAAGAGGAGGAGGCUUAAUGGUACCACAUUCAACCAGCCCCUGAACUUUAGACCCUCUCAUGUGCCAAUAGCAUCGUCACAAAGUUCUUUCCAUUUGAGAGAGUUUUCCCCCAGAAGAGAGCCUCCUUGGGAGUCAAAAUACAACCAGAGUGAAAGAAGGCUUCAAAGGUAUGAAAAUUCUGACAAUUUCAUGCUGAAUUCUGAUGAUUAUUAUAUUAGACAUAACUAUCAGGAAGACAGUGGCUAUGGACGCUAUUUAGGAAACAACUCCCCCAGUUCUUUAUAUUUUCAAAUGUUUUGAUGGUCACUUGGACCAAGAACACUCUUCUUCACAGUAAACAAUUUGCAAGAAGACCAUUUUAAAACCAGAUAUAGCUAUCUAGCUUGCAACUACAACACAAACGAGACACAUUUAAAAGCUUGAGCAAGGUUAAAUGCCAUGCCUUGUCUCAAAAUGACCUUAGUGCAUUGGCAAGCAUUGGAAAUACAAAACAGCUAGAUGCUCAAGGUUGGUAAAGCCAUGUGAUUGCCAAACUUCUUGAUCCAAGGACAGACAUUUACACAGUUCAAGUGCAACUUUAAUUUUGUGCCAGCCAAGGAGCAAGGGAACUCUGAGAGAGGUUGAGGCAGCCGCCUGUCUCCUUAGCUGCCAUGACCUCAUCAUUUUGUCUACUGAGCCAAACAAAUAAGGAACUUUUUCUAGAUUCUUUGAUCUGGUCAGAGACACCGUGAGCAGCAACCAACUUUCCUAACAUGUUGAUCUACAAACAUUUUAGAGAAGAGAGAUGGUAAUUAGAACAUAAUGAUAGACUUCCUUAUAACAUUAGAAUGUUUCAUGAGGAUCCACCAGAAGGAAAUUAUUUUAGUAAUACAAGUGGAUUUCAAAAAGUUCAUGGAGGAAAAAAUAGGACGAAAAGAUCAAAAUACAAGCUGUGUUUCUAAACAUGAGCGCCAUCAAGAUUGGGACAUUUAUUUAGUCCACCCCUAAAGAACUGAGCAUCCUGGAAAUUUAAUUUAAUCUCAAUGCAGUCUUUUUUUUUUUUUUUACAUAAUUAACUGCAGAAUCUGGGUGCCCUUUACAGAUGUUUUUCUGUCUUUUAAGAUUAGGAAACAAAAAUCAAGAAGACCCCAACCAGAACAGUAAGGUGGAUGCCUAAUGAUCUCCCAUCGAAACUCUUGCAAAAUGGCCCUUAUUUAA